UAUUUAAGCCCCUGGCGCGGAAUCUUUGGAGGAAAGAAUAGUCAGUCCUUUGGUUGUCGUAACAACGGAGUAGUUUUCGCACCAACGGUCACCUGACAGAAAAUGAGUUUCAGCGGAAAGCUAAAGCACAGCAGCCAGAGGUCUAAUGAGAACGUGAAGAGCUUUUUCUCACCAUCUCAGAAGGCAAUGGGACGACCCAGGCAAACCCUGCAGGUCCUCCAACCCUCAGCUGGCAACAAAGAUUUGGGAAGGUCAGCUGCGGUGGGAAAGGUCAUUCCCAAAAGGAAACAGUGGAGUGCAGAACCAACUAGAGGUCCAAAGAGGGUGAAGGCAGAAGUCAAGUCUACACAAACAGAAGAAACUCAGUGUUUGACAAAUGGCAUGUCCAAUGAUGCAUAUGAACUUAUGGUUGUAGAAACUCCUCCUCCUACCUACUGGAAAGAGAUUGCAGAGGAGCGUCGGAAGGCCUUGUACAAUGUUUUACAGGAGAAUGAGAAGUUACACAAAGACAUUGAAGCCAAAGAUGAACAGAUGGCAAAGCUAAAAUGUGAAAAUGCAGAGCUACAGGAGCUGGCACAACACGUACAAUACAUGGCUGAUAUGAUCGAGAGGCUGACUGGGGAGAGCCCAGAAAAUCUGGAGGAACUGAGGGAUAUUGCUCUUGACGUGGAGGAAGAUGAGCUAGACAACAGUAAAGUGUCAGGUCAGAGUGAGGAAGAAGACUCUGAUUACAGUCAGUCUGAUUCAGAGGAAGAAGAGGCCUCGGACGCUGAACAAGCCGGACCCUCAGCAGAGCAGGAUUAACUGACACAACUCUUGUGUGUCAUGGGACUUUGGCCUUUUUAUACAGGUCAGCAGCAUUUUUGCUUUGGCAGCAACAAGUGGCCAUCCAUUUGACUGAAUUGGCUUUUCUAAGUAAUUCAUAUACUUCAAAAUGCAGUAGUUUUGAAACGCCUGCCAUAUUUUAUUAUUUUUAAACCAUGAACAGAUUGGGGCAGGUUUUAUUCCUUUUUUUUUUUUUUUUUUUUUAGUUUGGCUUUUGCUCUACUUUCUGUUCCUGUUCAAGUGAAGGUGUUCAAAACUAAGCCAUAGAGGCCCUUCUCACCGCACCAAUUUAACAAGUCACAGUAGGAAAAGCACAGAUGUAAAAAAUGAAUGUUCGCUGAAUUCCAUUUAGUUGCUUUAGUUCUAUGACCCUGGUAUUUUGCCCAGGCUCACUGUCCUGGCUUACUAGGACAGUUUAAUAGACCAGAGCCAUUUAUGUGUAAAUGUGACGGUACAGAGGUAUUGUAGUUUUUCCUUGUUUUUUUUUUUUUUUUUUUUUUUUUUAACCACCUGAGCAAUUCACAACAAGCCUUGCAGCUCUACUUGAUGGUAAUUGGUCUAGUCCUGAUGACAAAAGGAUGCAUGUCCUUACCAAACACGGAGGGACCCCUAAGCCCCCUCCCCUUUUCUUAGUGGUUGGAAACUAUGGGAAAAUGUGAACCAUGUCACAGUAACACCUGAGCUUUUACUACUUUGACGAGCCCGAGGAAUAAAUAUUGCUACACACACACUACCAAAUGCGGCUGUGUGCUUGUCCCUGUAGUGGUUGGUCAACACUGUAAUAUUGUGCAAUGUCAAUAAGUUUUGUACAUAAAGCCUAAUGUAAAAUAAACUUUUUAU